AUGGAGCUGAGGAUUGAGACCAGGGAGGACAAAUCCCCAUGUCAAAACCUUGUGGAAGAGGCGGUUUUGAGUGGCUCCAUGGCACAGGAAUUCUACAGGGAGGAAAAUCCUGGAAGAUCUCACAGGAGGAGGGGCUGCAAUGACAGCCCAGGGUGCUCUGAGGAGGAAAGACCCACCCUGUGCCCAGAAAGUGGACAGAGCUCCAGCCAGAGCUCAGAGCUGGUGGUCCAUGAGCAGCUUCCUGAUGGGGAGAAGCCCUACAAGUGCUUGGAGUGUGGGAAGAGCUUCAGCCAGAGCUCCCACCUGAUCAGCCACCAGAUGAUCCACACUGGUGAAUGGCCCUACAAGUGUGGGGAGUGUGGGAAGGGCUUCAGCUGCAGCUCAGAACUCGUCAUCCACCAACGCAUCCACACUGGGGAGAGGCCCUUUGAGCCUCCCGAGUGUGGGAAGAGGUUUCACACCAGCUCAGAUCUCCUCCAGCACCAGCAGAUUGACUCAGAGGAGAGACCCUUCUGCUGCCCUGGCUGUGGGAAGUGCUUCAAGCACAACUCCAGCCUCAUCAGGCACCUGUGCAUCCACACUGAGGAGCGGCCCUACGAGUGUCCCCAGUGUGGGAAGAGCUUCAGCUGUAGCUCCAACUUGACCAGACACCAACGGAGGCACCGGUAA